GUAAAGAUAAAGUUGUUAAGAGGGUUUGUUUUGAUGAGGUCUUCCAUUUCUUUAUACCAAUUCAUAUACAUAUUAUACACAUAUACACAUAUAUAUACAUAACAAAUAUAUGUAUCAUCAUCAUCAUCAAACAACAACAUCAUCAUUUUUGGUACGUUGUGUUGUGUUGUGAGAUGAAAGAAGGUCCAAAAAGGCAGUACUAGUACAGCCCAAACACCCUCCUUCUCUCUCUCCUUCUUCAUUGAAUUCAUCCUUAAAUAUUAUAUAAAAAAUUGUCUCUUUCUCUUAGUGUUAAUCAAUAAUUACCCCAUUUUCCAUUUCAUAUCGAUUUUAAAGACUCGUUUUUUAUCAUUGGUUUUCCUUUUGAAAUUGAUUGUAGUACUAAAGAACCGAUCUUUACUUGUUGUUCCUCAAUGGGUUUGCUCUGAAAUUUAGAAAGAAAAAAAGAGUCAGAGUUUUUCAGAGGAAAUCUUUCGGAAAAGAACAAACUUUUUGAUCAGAAAAGAAUAAAGGGGGGUUUCAAGUUUGUGUCUUUUCUUUUCUCUGAUCAUGGCGGUUGCUGAGAAUGCACAAAAGUUUGAGGACAACAACACUGUAGUAUCUUCUGUCUCUAAUGGGUCAUCAAAUGAUGUUGAAAAUCCAAAACCCAGAAAUGAUUCUUCAGGGGUUUUGAGUGUUGUUGCUGUUGUUGAUUCUGCUGCUGCUGAUGAUGAUGAUGAUCAGAAUUCUCCUGUCAAGUUUCAAAGCCAAGAGAAAGUUGCUGCGAACCCAGCUGGUUUUUCAGUCCCAAAGACUCAAAUUGCUCAGAUGCAAAAUGGGUUUGAGUCCAAUGGGGUUGAUAAUAAUAAUAAUAAUAAUCAACAACAACAACAGAUGGUGAUGGUUAACUCUGGUGGUGGUGGUGGGUAUGGGAUUGAUCACAGUUCUAAUGGUGAUGAAAGCUAUAAAAAUGAUAUGAGAGAUUUGGAGGAUUUACUGUCUAAGCUUAAUCCCAUGGCUGAGGAGUUUGUUCCUCCUUCUCUUGCCAAAAAUUCUGGAUACCCUUUUGGUGCUGCGUUUGGUUAUGCUGGAAAUAUUUUAAUGCACAUUAACAACUCUGCCAAUGUAAAUGGAUUUCUUGCUAGGAAGAAGAAUGGCUAUACUCAGGGGAGAAGAAGGAAUUAUCACAAGUUGAGCCCGGCACAACGAGAUGCAAUGAUUAGGAGGACUGUUUAUGUAUCAGACAUUGAUCAACAGGUAACCGAAGAGAAUCUCGCCGCGCUCUUUCUUAAUUGUGGACAGGUGGUUGAUUGUCGUGUUUGCGGUGAUCCAAACUCUAUCCUUCGCUUUGCUUUUGUGGAAUUCACAGAUGAAGAUGGUGCAAGGGCUGCUUUGAGUCUUUCGGGAACCAUGCUUGGGUAUUACCCAGUGAGAGUGCUUCCUUCCAAAACGGCAAUAGCUCCUGUUAACCCAACAUUUUUGCCAAGGUCGGAUGAUGAACGUGAAAUGUGCUCUAGAACUAUUUAUUGUACAAAUAUUGACAAGAAGGUCACUCAGGCAGAUGUGAAACUGUUCUUUGAGUCACUUUGUGGAGAGGUUCAACGCUUGAGGCUGCUCGGGGACUAUCACCAUUCCACACGCAUUGCUUUCGUUGAGUUCACAAUGGCUGAAAGUGCAAUUGCAGCUCUUAACUGCAGUGGUGUGGUUCUUGGAACUCUGCCGAUAAGGGUAAGCCCGUCAAAGACGCCUGUUCGGCCCCGUGCUCCUCGUCCUCCAUUGCACUGAAGUGACCCCCUACCCCUACUAGCCAUGUUGUUCCCUUGGACUAAUUUCCUGCUGAUAGAUAUAUUUACAUAUAUACAUACAUAGAUACACAAUCUUUUAAGGUACUUGUGGUGUUUAUCUCUAUACUUUUUUCCUCUGAAGUGCUGCUACCCGGUAUCGGUUGUUCUUUUUAUGUAUGGAGGAGGGGUUAAGGAUAAUUUAUGGGGUUUCUAUUUUGUUUUAGCAUAUAUCAUGUAGUAGAUGAUGAUGAUGAUGAUGAUCAAGAGUUGGAUGGGAAUUUUGAGGUGCCGAAAUCGUUUAAUUUAUUAUGAUCAUGAAAUUAUUAUCAGGAGGAGAAUGGUACUACUGGUGAUGACUGAGAUAACUGUUUUUUCUUUCUUUCUUAACCGUUCGGGAUGUUAACAACCCGAAAAAGAAUUCUUAUGAACAACCUUUUUUCAUGUUAUUAUUGUCUAUCUAUAUGUGUUUAUACUUCUUAA